AGGAGUGGCCCUUCAGCGCCUGAGCUCGUUUAACAACUUCCAGUCUGUCAACCAGUGUAACCAGGUAAAACUCCGGAAGCAGCGAGCAAACUGCCAAUCACUCGGUUUUUGUGAUUUGAGCGACUUGAGGGGAAGUCUGGAACAAGUAUCAACUUUAAUAAGAACAACUACAAGGCAGAAGGCAUAAAGAGUUGCAUGUCCCCCACCUCCGCUGCUGCUGCGGAUAUGCCUGUUAAGUACAGACAGUGCCUCAAAGUGAUGCUGUUCUCUGUAUUGUUGCUGGUUGCCCUCUUUAAUUUAUGGAGCACUUCAAGCAGCCUAGGGGUUGACAUCCAACCGAGACAAGGCAGUCCAAUCCAAAAACUUCUCAGUGGGAAAAUUCAACAAAUCAUGAGUGAUUAUUCUGAAAUUACCUACAAGGUCAAAGAGAACGUGGCAUGUCAGUUGGCUCAGAAUGCAUGUGUAUGCCAGGCUGAAGAGGAAACCUUUCGCCUACCGUUCUCUGAUCUGGUCUUUCCUCGCGUUUGGGCUCUGAACCUUCAGCACGCAUUCUUAGGAAAUCACCCUGAUCCUGAGAGUGUAAAACAUCACAGAGCAGAGGAGUACGACCUUUUUCUGAGAAGGUCCUACUCUCCAGCAGAUAUGCUCAUUAUUGCAGAGGCUAACAAUCCUCUUCAGUAUCCCACCCAAGGUGUGGAUGUGCAACCCCUCAAAACAAUCAUCAUCCCAGGUCUGAGUCUAAGACAGGAAGGCAGAAACAACUAUAUGGUACAGUUGACAGCGACACUGGGUACUUUUGACAUUGCUGCCACAGUGGACAAGGUGUCUAUAAAAGGAAUGGGUGAAAAGAAUAUCUCGCUGUCAAGCCCGGAUCUGUCUGCUCUGAACAGGCAGCUCCAGUUUGUCACAUACACCAACACCAUGUUUCAUCCGAAGACAGCAGACUCGGUUCAGUUUGGAACUGAAGGUCACCAGUCAUUUUUCACCAUCAAGGUUGGACAUAGAGUUGUUCCAAAACUUUACAACUCUGGACAAAGUAAAGGGUACAACAUUACCUCUCUGGUUACCAUUGCUACCAAGACCUUUUUGCGCUACGACAAACUCAAAGAUCUCAUUGACAGCAUAAGGCAGUUUUACCCCACUGUCACCAUAAUUAUAGCGGAUGAUAACGAACACCCUCAGCCAGUGACCGGUCCUCAUAUUGAGCAAUACAUUAUGCCAUUUGGAAAGGGCUGGUUUGCAGGAAGAAACCUGGCAGUCUCUCAAGUGGCUACCAAGUAUGUGCUCUGGGUGGAUGAUGAUUUUUUCUUUACUGCAAAUACCAAGCUGGAAAAGAUGGUGGAUAUCCUGGAGAAAACCACUUUGGAUCUGGUUGGUGGUGCGGUGAGAGAAGUAACUGGUUACACUGCCACAUUCCGUCACACCAUUUCAGUGGAAAAAGGGGGAGAGGAAGGUGACUGUUUACAUAUGAGGAAUGGACACCACCAUUUAAUUGAGGGAUAUCCCAACUGUGUAGUAGCAGAUGCCGUCAUCAACUUCUUCAUGGCUCGAACUGACAAAGUUCGCCAGGUUGGCUUUGACCCCCGCCUGUCAAGACAUGCCCAUCUAGAGUUUUUUAUAGAUGCUCUUGGCACUCUGCACAUCGGCUCCUGCAGUGAUGUCAUCGUUAACCACGCAUCAAAGAUCAACCUGCCAUGGACUAAGACAGAAAAAGAGAAGGCCUAUGAGCAAUUCAGAUACUCCUCUACAAGUACAGAUGAUGCAAUUCAUAAUGAAGUAUUCUAUUUUAAGAAUAGGUUGAAGUGCAUGACCAGCCACUAAAGACUGAGCUUCUGGUGGUGUGAUAAAGAGAAACCUGUUAUGCUUGGGUAAAAGAUGAUUUUCAUCUUGCCACCUGCUGAUUCUCUUUGUUCAAAGCACUCAUCCUGCAUGUGUACACUGUUAAUGUUUGUUUUUUCUUAGCAUAUUUCCUUGGAAUUUCACACAUUGAUUUUCAAACUGUAAUAUGCCGCCGAGUCAAUUUCAGCUUUUGUUUACUAGAUGUGUGUUUUUGUGUGAGAAUGUGCUAAGUUUUUGGAAUACAAUUAAUUUGUACUAAAAAAAACAGAAAAAAGCAUAUAGUAGCCUUGUUUUUAAUUAUGCUAUAGCAGGUUACAGAAUCUGCAGAAGUCCAGCCUCUGUGGGAGUUGCAACAAUGACAAAUGGUUCUCGUGGGACAUUUACAGAAGCACACGCAGUACUUGCUCACAGACGUCAAACACCGCUGCAAUCUAAAGGUCACAGGACAGACUGAAGACUGAAGACCAAGACAAAACUCUGUGAUUAUGCUCAUAGAAUGUCAUGCAGUCUCCAAAAGGAUCAGAUAAUAAAUCUCAUCAAAUGUAAAGUGGAA